AUGCUGAACUUUGAUGAUGUUUUAGAGGAAGUAGGAGGAUUUGGGUUGUAUCAGAAAUUCAUUUUCUUUCUCGUGUGCCUGCCUUCGGCGAUGUUCUCCUACCUGUAUGUUGGGUUUGUCUUUUUAGCGGUUACUCCUGACCAUUGGUGCAGGAGUCCUGGGGUGACUGAGCUAAGAGAUAAGUGCAACUGGUCUCUGGAACAGGAGAAGAAUUAUACAUUGUUUCUGGGACGAUCCGGCAGCUCCUUACAAAGUCAGUGUGAGAGAUACGAUGUCGAAUGGAAUUCCUCUUUGGGCAGCUGUGAAAAUCCACUGCUGUUUGUCCAGAACGGUUCCCAAGAUUUACCACUUACAACUUGUCAGGAUGGAUGGGCUUUUGAAAAUGGCUCAUCCUCCAGUAUUGUGACUGAGUUUGAACUGGUGUGUGCUGAUGCCUGGAAACUGGAUCUGACUCAAGCUUGUCUAAACAUGGGAUUUAUGCUUGGGACAAUAAUCAUGGGCUACGCAGCGGACAUGUUUGGCAGAAAAUUGAGCUUCUUGUUUGCAACAUUUGUGACUUCAGUGCUGGGACUUGUCGUAUCAUUCUUACCAAACUACAUUUGGUUUCUGAUUUUCCGAACUUUACAAGGCUUAUUCAGCAAAGGAAGUUGGUUAUGUGCGUACAUCUUCGUUACAGAACUUGUUGGACCAGAGUACAGAAGGACAGUGGGAAUUUUAUACCAAGUGUGCUACAGUAUUGGGAUGAUGCUACUUUCAGCUGUUGCUUAUUUUAUACCAGACUGGAGAAAUCUGCAACUGGCGACUACCAUUCCAAGCUUCCUCUUCCUGACUUACUAUUGGUUGAUCCCAGAGUCUCCCAGGUGGAUGCUGUCUCAGAAGAAGAACACAGAAGCCAUGGAUGUUAUACAAAAAAUGGCCAAAGGGAAUGGGAAAUCUUUACCCAUUUCUAUCAGUUCAUUGAAAAGCAGUGAGAACUUGGACCGUCCUUCCUUUGUAGACCUAUUACGGACACCUCAGAUAAGGAAGUACACCCUUAUCUUGAUGUUUAACUGGUUUGCUGGCGCUUUGGUGUACCAAGGGCUUGUCAUGCGUUUGGGAACUUUGGGAGGAAAUAUUUACCUUGACUUCUUCAUCUCGGGAGUUGUAGAAAUCCCGGCAGCAAUCCUCAUCCUUUUAAGCAUUGAACGGAUUGGACGGCGCCUUCCCUUUGCAGCAGGUGGUCUGCUGUCAGGGGGCUCCUGUAUAAUAGCAGCGUUCAUUCCUGAGAAUAUCGGUUGGUUGGCAACAGUAAUAGCCUUUCUGGGUAAACUAGGGAUCACUAUGAGCUUUGAAAUGGUGGUAUUUGUAAAUGCUGAACUAUACCCAACGUUUAUGAGGAACCUUGGUGUUUCAGUGUGCUCAUCACUGUGUGAUAUUGGAGGGAUUGUAGCUCCAUUCAUUGUGUACAGACUGGCAGGAACCUGGAUGGGGCUGCCUCUGGUGGUCUUAGGGGUGAUUGGUUUGAUUGCUGGCAGCCUAGUGUUGCUCUUGCCUGAAACAAAGGGAUUGACUUUACCAGACACCAUUGAGGAUGUGGAGAACAUCAGAUGGUAA